AAAGAGGAAGGAAGAUGGCGGAUAACAAAGGCGAGGAGGAUAUGGAACCGUCUGCUAAAACAGACUCAGUGCCUUCAGCGCAGGAUAACGAGCAGCCAGAGACGAAAGUCGACAAUGCGGUAAUUGUCGUAGAAGCGAAUACAAAAGGCGGCGACGAACCAGUGCCCCAAGAUAACGCUAACGAGGCACCAACACCCACCAGCGACGGCGGAGACAUUAGCAGCGGCGGGGCUUCUGUAGCGGGAGGGGAAGCCAACGGUAGCGCUAGCAACGCCGUCAGCCCGGCUACGACCAGCAACACCAAUGCAGAGCCGACGGCGGCUGAAACCCUGACCGCCGGGGAUGCUGCUGUCGGCGGACUGACCACUGAAAUGUCCCCCCCUCCUACCGCUCCAGCCGCCACACCGGUAUCUGCUCCCAUUAAUUUUUUGGAUACGUGCGCAGUGUGUAAACAAAGUCUUCAGAGCCGAGACUGUGAACCCAAACUUCUCCCUUGUCUGCACUCCUUUUGCCUAAAAUGUAUUCCGCAACCAGAUAGACAGAUAAGCGUACAGGUGCCUGGACCACACGGGCAAACUGACACACACAUAGUGAAUGUUAUGCGCUGCUCAGUGUGCCACCAGGAGUACAAACAAAGUGAUAUUAUUGACAACUACUUUGUCAAAGAUACCACAGAGGCCACCAGCACGUCUGAUGAAAAGGCUGCACAGGUGUGCACAAGCUGCGAGGACAACGCAGGAACCAUUGGCUUUUGCGUGGAGUGCGGAGAAUGGCUCUGUAAGACCUGCGUGGAGGCACACCAGAGGGUCAAAAUUACCAAGGACCACAAGAUCCGCACCAAAGAGGAUGCUGACGCUGCCUCCGAGUCUGUUGGUGCAUCAGGACAGAGGCCUGUUUUCUGUCCCAUCCACAAGCAGGAGCCACUGAAGCUUUUCUGUGAGACCUGUGACACUCUGACCUGUAGGGACUGCCAGCUGCUGGAGCACAAGGAGCACAGGUACCAGUUCUUGGAGGAGGCUUUCCAGAACCACAAAGGCCUCAUUGAGACCAGUGUUGCCAAACUACAGGAAAAGAAGAACUUUGUCCAUUACUCUGUCUCUCAGUUGCAAAGCAG